AUGAUCAUCGUGUCGGACAUCGUGUCGCUGCGCGAACGAGGCAAAUAUCAAGGCAUUCUGGGCGCGUCGCUCGGGAUCGGCAACGUGAUCGGCCCGUUUAUAGCGGCCGCGUUCAUCAUGAAAUCGACAUGGCGAGGCUUCUUCUGGCUGAUCUCGCCGCUGUCGGCGUGCUCGAUCGUGGUUGGCUACUUUCUCAUCCCGAAUAACACCCGGAAAGACGGGUUCCGGGAGAACUUGCGCCGGAUUGAUUUCUUUGGCAUCAUUGCGUCCUCCAUCGGUAUCAUCUUCUUGCUGAUCCCGAUAUCAGGCGGCGGCUCCUACUUCGAAUGGAACUCUCCCAUGGUGAUCAGCAUGUUGGUGAUUGGAGGCUGUUCUCUGAUAGCGUUUCUGUUCAUCGAGUGGAAAGUGGCUAUACUGCCUAUGCUUCCUAUGGUGCUUUUCAAGAAUAAAGUCGUCUGCGCUCUCUUCCUGCAAAGCUUCCUCCUGGGGGCUGUGUAUCAAUCCUACCUCUACUACUUGCCGCUUUAUUACCAGAACGUCCGCGAAUGGUCGCCGAUUGUAUCCGCCGCAUUGACAAGCCCCUUGGUCUUCUGCCAAUCCUUAGUAUCUGUCCUGUCCGGCCAGUAUAUAUCCCGACUCAAGCGCUACGGAGAAGUUAUCUGGUGUGGGUUCGGGUUCUGGACCCUCGGAGCCGGCUUAAUCCUGCUCUUCGACCGCACCACCAACCCCGGCGUCAUCGCCGUAGUCGUUGCCAUUGUUGGGAUCGGCGUCGGCAACGUCUUCCAACCAACCCUGGUAGCCUUCCAAGCCCACUGCACCAAAUCGCAGCGCGCCGUCGUCAUCUCCAACCGCAACUUCUUCCGCUGUCUAGGCGGCGCAUGCGGGCUCGCCGUCUCCGCGGCUCUUCUGCAGGCAACGCUCAAAUCGAACCUGCCGGAUGGAUUCGAGCACCUGGCCCAUUCGACGUACUCGUUGCCAUCGCGCGCCAGCGUUUCGGAUGCCGAGUGGUCGCAGAUCCUGACUGCGUAUGCGAAAGCCUCGAGGAGCGUGUUCAUCCUGCAGGUGCCGCUCAUCGGACUGUGCUUCAUUGCUUGUAUAUUCAUCCGAGAUCGGGGGCUAGAGAGGCCAAAGGAGCCAGGGGAGGAAGAGGAAGAGAGGAAGAAGCAGGACGAGGGGAAUGUACAAGAGGCUGGGAUUCAUGCUGAGAGUCAAGUAGCGAAAUCGCCCGAUCCUGUAGCAGGCGUUGAUCAAGGACCUGCGCGCCCUGAAUUGGCAGGGAGAUAUACGCAUGCGCUGGAAGAGCGGAUCAAGGACCUCGAGUCCCAACUGACCUCGAGGCAACUGGGUGCUAGCGGCAAUGGCAAUGACACUGCCGCGCACCCGGCGACACCGGCGCUUUUCCCGCCCCCGAGUCAUGACGCCGUGCAGCCUAGUCCUAGUCCCGCGACGGGCAUCGACCACAACGCUGUUGGCGAACUGGUCGGGUUUCUGGCCUUGAACUCAUACGAGGCCCCUGCGUAUGUGGGUUCGAGCUCGGGGUUGUCGUUGGCCGCUAACCUGGGGGAGAUGGUCCAGGCGACGGUGUGGAAUCAGGUACUGGCUCCGUCACGGGGGCAGCAGCACCCGUUGAAUUUGUUCGGGGGUGCACCGGGAGGAGGGGCGCCGACGACUAAUGGACCACGGGGGAAUGGUGGACCGUCGCGCUCGCUGAGGAUGGAGGAUUUGAUUGCGAAAAGCACCGAGCCGCCGAACGAUGAGAUGGGAGCUCGGAUCCUGCAGGCCUACCUGACGAGAUUGCAUGUGCGGUAUACGUUUCUGGAUCGGCACGAGCUGUGGAGGCUGCAUGAGUCCCGGUUUCGGCUGGCCAAGGCGAAACGCGAGGAACUGUCCCAGGCAGAGAGGUUUGGCAUUUUUAAGCUGUAUCUGGUGUAUGCGAUUGGAGCGACGACGUUGGAGCUGAGUGAGAAGUAUACCUACGUUCCUGCUGAGCGCUUCUAUAUGACUGCCCUUCAGCAAGUCCCCGCCAUGUGCGAAGCCCGAUCCAUUGAGAACAUCGAAGCCAUGACACUCCUGGUAGUAUAUCAUCUGCGCUCCGCCUCCAGCCAGGGUGUCUGGUACAUGGUUGGACUGGCCAUGCGCACGGCGAUUGAUCUCGGACUGCACCGAAAGGCCAACGAGACCAGCCUCGACCCGAUCACGGCGCAAAUGCGACGGCGGCUCUUUUGGACCGUCUACUACCUCGAGCGUGUCGUGUCCAUGUCCCUCGGCCGCCCUUUCAGCAUCGCAGACCGACACAUCGAUUUGCCCCUGCCGAUGGACGUUGACGACGACGUGCGCGACCCAGCUCUUCUGUCAACCAGCACCACCUCUUCGCCAGCACCCCCCAACCGGAUCACCACCCUUACCUUCGCCAUCUACCUCAUCCGCCUCCGCCGCAUCGACUCCAAAAUCCAACACAAGAUCUACCGCGCCGACCGGCCGCUCCACUCCCUCCGCUCCAAAAUGGAUGCCCUCUUCCUCGAACUCGAAGAGUGGAAAGAAUCGGCUCUCCUGCGCUUCCACGGCCCAGACCUCGACUACCCCAUACUGCACUACAACCGCGCCCUGCGGCUCCUCAUCCAGCCCUUCCUGCCAUCCCUCCCCCUCAGCGACCCAUACUACCACGUCUGUCUCCGCGCCGCCGGCAACAUCUGCCAGACCCACAAACGCCUCCACCAGACGCUCGAAUACGGACACUCCUUCCUCGCCGUGCAGACCGUCUUCAUGGCCGGGAUCACCUUGCUGUACGCACUGUGGACGCACGCGCACGACGUCUGGUCCGUGCAAAUGAGCAACGAUAUCCGCGCCUGCUCGACCGUGCUCUUCGUCAUGGGCGAACGCGCCGUCUGGGUCAAGAAAUACCGCGACGCCUUCGAGCUGCUGGUCAACGCCGCCAUGGAGAAGCUAGAAGUCAACGACCCCAGUCGGAAGAUCGGCAUGGCCGAACUCAUGACCGCUCAGCAUUCGGGGAGUCUUGCUAACCCCCCAUCUUUCUCUCCUGCCCCUGGACCGGGCAUCUUUAAACACCCGUACCCAAAUCUAACAGCCAACCCUACCGCCCAACCUCCCACUCCAGCCGUGAAUCUAAACCCUCAUCCCGGCUCAGGAAUCGGCCCCGGCGCAGGCAUACGAAACCCUGCAAAUUCACAGCCACAAAACCAUCAACCCCAACCUUCAGACUCCACCAACCCAACAGACCCACUGCAGAACCACGGCAUGCGCAUGGCCUUCCAGCUGGCGCCGUGGAUCGAUCUCGAGGAGGACAGCCCCUUCUGGAUGCCGGACUUCGAGACCCUGGAGAGUCUCUCGGGGGAUUUGAAUUUCUGGAAUGUAGGGGCUCCGGGGCCUUUUGAGCCAUUGUAACUGAACAGUGGGUAGUUGAGUCUGGCUAGUACCAGGUCUCUGAAUGCGUAUAGG